UGUCAUCGCAUAGCAAAUGAUAGAGUUGACAAAUAAAAUAGAAUUAUAAGUUUAUACGAACACGUAGUUGUAAUAAUAAUAUUAAAUACCAAAUAGAUCUCUGCUACCGUAAAGCUGAUGCUGUGACGUCGUAAAGAAAUCCAAUAUGGCGGCUGCAAUGAGAGGUGUUGCCUUCAUUAGGAAUAUAGUUGGCUCGCUACACUUGAGGUUACAGAUUCUGGGUGGUACAUCACAACAGCUCUCAUGUCUCCACACAAGCAUUUCAUUAGAUUCCAAACACUGGGAGAAGAACAACCGCAAAGUAUAUCCUCCUCAGCUGCUGGACGAGCCUCGCAGACCUGCAGAAGUUUAUCACAGCGGGAGGCAGAUAAAGUACAGUAAAGACAAGAUGUGGUAUUUAGCCAAAAUGAUCCGGGGGAUGAGCAUCGACGAAGCUAUUGCGCAGCUGGAAUUCAACGACAAGAAAGGAGCAAAGAUCAUGAAAGAGGUCCUUCUCGAAGCUCAAGAGAUGGCAGUGAAGAAUCACAAUGUGGAGUAUAAAUCCAACCUCUACGUAGGUUCCUUUCCUUCAGCUGAGUCGUUCUCCGGCAAAGGGAAGUACUUGAAGAGGAUCCGCUACCACGGCAGAGGCAUGUUUGGCAUCAUGGACAAAGUUUAUUGUCACUACUUCGUCAAGCUGGUGGAGGGUUUGCCACCCAAGCCAGCGCAGAAGACGAGCUUUGAUCAAGCCAAAGACUAUGUCCAAAACCUGAAGAACCGGACCAUCAUCCACAGCCUGUAGAUCAGUCAGCCUGUCUGUGUUGUUUGUGCGUCAUUUGAUAUUUGUAAAUAAAUAAAAAUCCAAUGAGA